AUGGAUGAUCUAAACGGCCUCGAUUGGUCCUCCACCACAUCCUCAAGCUCUAGCAAGCCCGCUCCCCCUGGAACUGGGAACUACUAUCCUUCACUACGCCCAACUCCUCCUCCCCAACUGCAGAAUUCUGGUCGGAAUACCCCCCUAUCAGCUCAAGGCUCCGGCUUCAAAGCUCCUCCCAAACCCUUCGCCCCCCCGAAAUCAGUAACGCCCGACUCCUUUUCGAAUCUGGUCUCUUUUGGCAGCAGCAACAAAGCUGGGACGCUCACGUUGCAACAGCAGCAGGAGAAACUUCAAGCUGAAAAGAGGAGGGCCGAUGAGGAGAAGAGGAAGCAGUUUGAUAGGCAGUUUGGAGGUGGAGGGAGCAGCUGGGAUUCUCUGGGUGCUGGGGGGUCUACGAGUGGUAACCCUACGUUUACUCAAUUACACAAGCAGCCGAGUGCACUUGAUGGAAAUCGCAGUGGCAGUGGAAACGGAGGAGGAGAGGAAGAGGACUUGUUCGCCGCGUUCAAUAAGGAGGCCCCGGUUGAUAAUUCGAGUUACUACCCACCUCCUUCGAAGGUGAGUAGUGGACGAAGCACGCCGGGUUUUGCGCCGCCCAAGGCCAAGCCACUUGAUUUGACAAGCCCGAUCGCGUGGGAAGAGAGUGGGAACCUGGGAGGACUAGGAGAUGAUGAUGAUCCAUUUGGAUUGGGGAAGAUGAAUCCAAGCUCGGGGCCGGUGCCUGUAACGAGUCCUGAGGAUGAUGAUGAUUUUCUGGGGGACUUAGGGAAGCCGGUCGAAGAGGUUCGGAGGCGGAGCCCUGUCAGAGAGGCUGUGCCGGAGUCUGAGCCAGAAACGGAGAGGGAAGACGAAGAUGACCCCUGGGACAAGGCGGUCGCGGAGCUGGUCGAUAUGGGUUUCUCGGCGGAGCAGUCGAGGAGGGCUUUGACGGAGAGUGGGUCGGGACUGGAUAUCCAGGCUGCGGUGGGAUGGAUCUUGAAUGAUGCGCAUAGACAGGCAAAGCAGAAACAACAGGGUGGACGAGAUACGGGUAGAAAUGGGACUAUCGGCGAAGACAGGAGAGAGGAUCUGAGCGAGGGUCGGCGAAGUCCAGCUUGGAUGCAAAUUGACCCGAGCGAGGGUAGACAGAGUCCAGCUUGGAUGCAAAAAGACCGAGACCGCUCACGGAAUCGACGAGAGAACAAUCAAUCCCCUGGCCCGGAAUCCGACCUUGCGAAACAAGCCGUUUCCGUUGGCAACAACCUCUUCAAGACGGCUAACUCGCUGUGGAAGACGUCACAAAAGAAGGUUGCAAAAGCCAUGAACGAGUUCCAGCAGGAAUCGGACCCCGGCCAGCCGAAAUGGAUGCGGGAAGCUGCAGAUCGAGAACAGGCAGACGCGGGGCGGGAGAAGAAGUGGCAGCCGGAGACUGAUGUUACGGACGAGGCCCUGAUGCUGGAAGGUGGUGGGAGACCUUCGCCCCGGAAAGCGAGAGCCCCUGAACCGCGAUUCUCGGCAAACUCGUCACGUGAGAGAUCCCCCGCGAUGCCGAAACCGCCUCCUGAGCGGUGCGACCGACCAGAGCGUAGUAGCCCUGCCCCUCGCUGGCAGCAGACUGCUCCUGACCCUAGAAUGCGGCUCACCAAGCAGGCUAUCGAGGAGCAAUCCGCACAAGCAUAUGUCAGUCCUUCGCGGCGGAAGAAAGCUCAACCUUCCCCGGAGCCAGAAGUCGACCUCUUUUCCGCCCCAGCGCCCAAAUCCGCUCCUCCGAAAUUACCACCAUCGAAACCAGCUCCUCGGGCAUCCCCUGCCUCCAAGCCAUCUACGCCUAUACCCACAAGACCGAAAGCCACACCUCGUCAGAUACCCCCCCUCUCACCCACCGCCCUCGCAAACGCAAACCAGCACCGUCUCGCCGGAACCGCACACUUCAAACGCGGGGACUACGCCUCUGCCCACGCAUCCUACACCUCGUCCCUCUCGGCCCUGCCCCCCUCUCACCCAACUACCAUAAUCCUGCUCUGCAACCGCGCCCUCACCUCCCUCAAGACCGGCGUCCCCAAAUCCGCCGUCUCCGACUCUGACACCGCCCUGGCCCUCAUCGGCCCCUCUCGCGGCGAUGCCGAGACCAUCGACCUCGGCCCCGGCGAAGGGAACGGGCCCAAGGACAUGAGGGAGUUCUACGGCAAGGCACUGAUGCGGAAAGCCGAAGCGCUGGAGCAGAUGGAGCAGUGGAAGGGUGCGGCUGAGGUAUGGAAGCUGUGUGUUGAGCAUAGCGUUGGUGGCGCGACUGCUAUCCAAGGCCGCACGCGGUGCGAAAAGGCCCUCGCUCCGAAACCUCCGUCCGCACGGCGCGCCCCCCCUCGGCCCCAGCCUCGUCCGUCAGCCAUCGCGGACCUCGGGAGCGACGACUCGGCAGCUGUCAAGCGGCUAAGAGAGGCGAACGCCAGUGCGGAGAGAGCGGACGACGAGAAGUUCGCGCUGAGCGACAAGGUGCACGAGCGUGUUGGCAGCUGGAAGAACGGGAAGGAAGACAACCUGCGCGCCCUGAUUGGGAGUCUGGAUAACGUCAUGUGGGCGGGCAGUGGGUGGAAGAAGGUGGGUAUGCACGAGCUGGUGGUGAAUUCGAAGGUCAAGAUCAACUACAUGAAGGCGAUUGGGAAGACGCAUCCGGACAAGCUGCCCCAAGAUGCGAGUACCGAGGUGAAGAUGAUUGCGGCUCUGGUGUUCGCCGCGCUGAAUGAGGCGUGGGAUAAGUUCAAGCAGCAGAAUGGCAUUCUCGACUUUACCUUCCAGGAGGUUCAGCGAGACUUUUCGGCAGCCCGGUCCUACGCGAUUCCAUUGGGAGUCCGGAAAGCCACCGGCAGUGUACACGUUGCAUCAAGAAAAAAAAAGUCCUCAAACGAGACAACCAAGCAGACUACUAAGCAGCCUGCUAUGCAGGCCGACACCUCAGUGCCCGCCGCUGGGAAUGCUUCUGCGGCUCCGCCAAGUUCACCCGAAUCUGCAGUCCAGACCGCACCGAUCACCAUGGCCCACGAUCCGACGCCGGCCCAGGCCGAGGCUAUCACUGCUUCGUCGAGAACUGGCAAUGGACAGCCAAGACAGGUGUCCAAUGCGCCUACCAAGUCGAAGCCGAAAAAGGGCGAGAAGAAGAGCAAGAAGUAUGUCAGCAUGGAGAAUGCAACAUCGGCGCGGGAUCCGUUUCCGAAUGUGCCAAUGCACAAUCAGCAACCCAAUCCCAAUGAGCCGAAAGCCAAGCGGGAGGCCGAGGGCACCUGGAAUCGUGGUUCGGGCAAAAAACGCACGACGAAAGAGGGGGCGGUUGCGAAGAAGUCUCUUCGCGGCCGCGCCAAUAUGUCAAGUGAGGAGAUCAGAUUAGCGGAGUGGCUCCUGAAACCCCGCGGCAAGGAUGACCCGCCGAAUGAAUUCGAGAAUUGA